CGCGGCCGCCGUCUCCGCCCCGCGUCCGGGGCCUUCCCGAUCCCGCGCCUCUGCUGCCUGCCCGCCCGCCGCUCCUCCGCCCUUCUCCGCGCCUUGGGAGCCGCCCGGGGCGCAGGGCCGCGCGCCGAGCCCCGCCGGCUGCAGCGCCGCGGCCCGGCCGGGAGCCACCGGGAAGUUCGCCGAGAGUUGAGGCGAAGUUUGGGCGGCCGCUGCCUUCCCCCGCCGAGCACCCCGCUGCGCCCCCGGCGUCCCGCCGCACCCAGCCCCGCCGGGGGCGCUCCUCGCCGCCCGCGCGCCCUCCCCAGCCAUGUCGUCCAUCCUGCCCUUCACCCCCCCGAUCGUGAAGCGCCUGCUGGGCUGGAAGAAGGGCGAGCAGAACGGGCAGGAGGAGAAGUGGUGCGAGAAGGCGGUCAAGAGUUUGGUCAAGAAGCUCAAGAAGACGGGGCAGCUGGACGAGCUGGAGAAGGCCAUCACCACGCAGAACGUCAACACCAAGUGCAUCACCAUCCCCAGGUCCCUGGAUGGCCGGCUGCAGGUGUCCCACCGGAAGGGGCUCCCCCAUGUCAUCUACUGCCGCCUGUGGCGAUGGCCCGACCUACACAGCCACCAUGAGCUGCGGGCCAUGGAGCUGUGUGAGUUCGCCUUCAACAUGAAGAAAGACGAGGUCUGCGUGAAUCCCUACCACUAUCAGAGGGUGGAGACCCCAGUUCUACCUCCUGUGUUGGUGCCACGCCACACAGAGAUCCCGGCCGAGUUCCCCCCGCUGGACGACUACAGCCAUUCCAUCCCCGAAAACACUAACUUCCCCGCCGGCAUCGAGCCCCAGAGCAAUAUUCCAGAAACCCCACCCCCGGGCUACUUGAGUGAAGAUGGAGAGACCAGUGACCACCAGAUGAACCACAGCAUGGACGCAGGUUCUCCAAACCUGUCCCCGAAUCCGAUGUCCCCAGCACACAAUAACUUGGACCUGCAGCCCGUCACCUACUGCGAGCCGGCCUUCUGGUGUUCCAUCUCCUACUACGAGCUCAACCAGCGUGUCGGGGAGACAUUCCACGCCUCACAGCCGUCCAUGACAGUGGAUGGCUUCACCGAUCCCUCCAACUCAGAGCGCUUCUGCCUGGGGCUGCUCUCCAAUGUCAACAGGAACGCGGCCGUGGAGCUGACGCGGAGGCAUAUCGGGCGAGGCGUGCGGCUGUACUACAUCGGAGGCGAGGUCUUCGCAGAGUGCCUCAGCGACAGUGCCAUCUUUGUCCAGUCUCCCAACUGUAACCAGCGCUACGGCUGGCACCCAGCCACCGUCUGCAAGAUCCCACCAGGGUGCAACCUGAAGAUCUUCAACAACCAGGAGUUCGCCGCCCUCCUGGCUCAGUCUGUCAACCAGGGCUUCGAGGCCGUGUACCAGCUGACCCGGAUGUGCACCAUCCGCAUGAGCUUCGUCAAGGGCUGGGGAGCCGAGUACAGGAGACAGACCGUGACCAGCACCCCCUGCUGGAUCGAGCUGCACCUGAAUGGGCCUUUGCAGUGGCUUGACAAGGUCCUCACCCAGAUGGGCUCCCCAAGCAUCCGCUGCUCCAGUGUGUCUUAGAGACAUUGGGUGUGAAGGGGGAGGGCGGGGAGGGUGGGCUUGGGGAAAAUGGCCAUGUAGGAGGUGGAGAAAUCAGGACUCAAAUCACGGUUGUCAAAGAAGAAGAAAUUUUUCUCCCUCAACCAAAGUGGCACGAGCCUGUUUUACAGAACAUGAAAGCAGACCCAGAGAUGGAUUUUUAUGAACAGCUGUGUCUGCUGAACACAUCUGCCCUUUGGCCCUGGUGUGAAGGGCAAGAAAUGGCUUCUGCUCUGGUGGCUUGAGCAAACAGGUAGUAUUUUACCACCAGCCCCCUCCCCCCAGCCCCCUUUUCUUUUAAUGACAGCAAACUUGAGAUGUCACUGCCCAACAGGAAGGCCCUGUGGUCAGGACCAAGUGCGGAAUUUGCCUUGGGCACUCUAGAGGCAGGGAGAAGCCGGCAGGCAGGGGUAUGAGCGCGCACCUCGGGCCCAGCCCUCUUCUUCCAGUGAGCAUUCCUGAACCCCAGCAGCGGCAGACCUUGCACCCUGGGGGCUGAAUUGACUUGGGGUGGGGAGGGGUCUUGUCUGUCUCCACCCCUCGGGGAGCAUACUGAUUGGUGUGAGCGAGUGUGUCCAGAACCGAGCACACAGGGACCUCCGGUGGGAAAAGGUGGUGACAUCUCUUCUUUAAAAACACUCUUAACGUUGUCUGCAUUUUCAGCAGUUGGAAGGAUCUGUUGAGGCUCCAGCACGUAGGAAAUGUAUAGUUUGUAGCAUCACGUUAAUCUCAAAGAGAUUUGAAUUGUGUGAAGUGUUCCCGGGAAGCAGGAGGCAGUUGUCCGUGACGGUGUUCAGGCUGAGGCAGCACCACCACGGUGCGUGGUCUCCGGUCACCUGUAAGAGCUCGCUCCGCUUUCUCAUGCAUUCGGCUACAUUGGCUGAUGUAGUCAGUUGCGUUAAUUAAAUGAACGUCAUC